AUGGGUUCACCUGUGGCGGAGGUUCCUAAAGGAAUUUCCGAUUUCAUUACGUGGCUUCAUCAGUCCAGCCCGGCCUACUUCGUGCGCCCACGACGCAGCAUCUCAAUUUCGAGAAUAACUACUCGCCCAUCGGACUACUAUUACAUGGAGGGACCGAGAGUGCGUGCUAGUAGUGCAGAACCGCGCUACACCACUUACACUUCAGGCGUGCGCCCAGUGACGGUGGUGGGAUCGCGCUACCACCACUAUACACCAUACUACUACCACCGCUACUACCCACGCUACUAUGCCUACGACACAUACUACCCCAGCAUUGCCACGUACUACGGCGACUACCCGUUCUACACCCCAUCGGCGUAUAAAUACUGGCCCUACACCUCGAGCGCACACUACAGUCACUAUUUGCCUUCUACGACUUACUACACUCGUAGCAACAGCUCGGCUUAUGACUACACUCUGCCUACCUCUGGUCUGCGUGCCUCAGUCCCCUCCUGGGUCGACCCCCUCGUGAUGCAUCCACCAAGCAUUUCACCGCCUCCGGUGCAGAUUUACGACUAUCCGCGGCAUUCUGUCCACAGAAUGCGUUUCGGCUCCGUUCCGCCCGUUUCUCCAGCAGCAGCAGCUCAAUACCGCCGCGCUGGAAGCGUGUCUCGUGUACCGCCACCUCCCGUCAGAAGAUACGUCACCCAAUACUACUCCGACCUUACAGGACCAACUCCAAUCAACACAAAAUACGUCUAUCACAGCACCGCUGGUCUGCCUCUGAGACCUGGCUACAGGUCCCGAUUCUACCGCAUUCCAAAUGGACCUAGCAGUUCUUUGGACAGGACAAUCACUGCAGAAGUGAUGGCUGAAAGGCGACGUAUCGAUGUAAGGUUGGACAUCUUCUUAUUCACAAAUAUCGGUCAUGCCAUUCUAAUUGCCACAAUUAAAUCCAACCGGAUUUUGAGUGUGAUCAUGAAAUCCUUCAGCUCCCUUUUAUGA